AUGGAGAAUUUAGCUACUUUCCCACUUACUAAUUCAAUUGUAUUUAUAUUUUUUUUAAAGUUAAUAUUAUUAAAUAAUUUGAGACCAUCGCAUGCUGAUAUAUUGGCUUUCGACAUACAAAGAGGACGAGAUCAUGGUCUUCAGGGAUAUGUUAAAUAUUUAGAAAUUUGUGAAAAUACCAAGAUCACAAGUUGGAAGGACUUGGAGAAAUACAUUAACAAAGAGGAAAUAGAAAAAUUAAAAAGCGUAUAUAGUGAUUGGGCAGAUAUUGAUUUAAUUGUUGGUGGCAUAUCGGAAAUACCAAAAACUGGCUCUACUGUUGGAACAACAUUUACGUGCAUUCUAGCUGAACAACUUUCGAAAAUUCGUCAAUCACAAAAAGAUUUCGAAAUCAAUAAAUCCCCAGAUUUCAAGAAAUACGAGACGAUGAACGCAGCCGAACUAUUGUGUGCCAAUUCAGAUUUAGAAGUGGUGCAAGAAAAUAUAUUUCAAUUAAAGUCAGAAAAAAAUGUGGUAAUAUCAUGCGAUCGACGAUUCCAUGCUUUAUAAAUGUAGUAGAAGGGGACUUCAGAUUGGAAAAAACAUUUUAAACAAUUUAAAUUGAUUUAUUUUAAAAGAUUUUUAUGUAAAUUAUUUUGUAAUUAAUA